UCCGGGUCACACGUAAUUAAGGUUUAUGCACUGCUCAGCUGUCUCAAAGUUGCCUGUUCGGUUCUGUCUAAGAUCGCAACCCACAGUUAAAGACAUGCUGUCUGAAAAGGCCAUGAAGACAGGCUCAGCCUGCCCCCCUCCCCCCGGCCCAGGCAAACUCCGCCUGUACAGUAUGAGGUUCUGUCCGUACGCGCAGCGGACACGGCUGUUCCUGGCCGCCAAGGGGAUAGAGUACGAAACCAUCAACAUCCACCUUAGAGAGAAACCGGAGUGGUUUCUUGAGAAGACCCCGAUGGGCCAGGUACCAGUACUGGAGAAAGACGGAGAUAUUGCUAUUGUGUACGAGUCUCUGGUCUGUAACGAGUACCUGGAUGGAAUCUACCCCGACAAAUGUAUCACUCCGCGUGACCCUUUGGAGAAGGCGCGGCAGAGCAUGGUUCUGGCUCUAUGGGGUGCAAAGGUGAUUCCAGUCUACUACAAGUUGGUCAUAGGGAAGGACGACGAGCGCCCGGCUAUGGCCAGACAGUUUGUUGACGGCCUGGAGUACAUCGAGAGCGCACUGACACAACCGUUCUUCUCUGGGGACGACGUCGGAGCCCUGGACUACAACCUGUGGCCGUGGUUUGAGCGGGUUCCCAUGCUCAAGGCCCGCGCCGGCGUCCAAAUGUCCGCGGAGAAGCUUCCCAAGCUCACGGCGUGGAUGGAGCGCAUGUCGGACCUGCCUGAAGUCAAGGCCUGCUCCUUCUCUCCUGAAAUUCACGAUCGGUACGGGAAAACUUUGCUGGCAGGCAGAUCUGAAUACGACCUCGGCUUAGAGGAAUAAACUUUAUUGACUUUUUCAUGUGUCUACCGUUGGUGAAUUUGCACCUGAGUUAUAAAUAUUGGCCUUUAUAUACUUGAAUUAUUGUAAUUAUCUUUCUCAAACCUGUAACGUUAUGUAAAUGUUGGGACUGCCGGGAAAUAUGUUAAUCAGUAAAUUGCACGGCUCAUGAAUAUGUAUCAAUUAUGUAAAUCCCAAAUUGAUGUUACAACACGUUCAAACCUCCACUAAACUACAUUGCAGUUUAUUUGUAAAUUCAUGCACGUUGACAACAGUGAAACAAGAAGUGGCGCAAUUCUUAAUCGCACGUAACCGCUAAU